AUGUAACAAACUCCAAGAGCUAUUUAAUUGAUUGCAAUUGAGCCUUAAACAAAAAGUAUUUAAGAAUAAGAAUAAAUUAGAAUUAAUUCUUUGUUAGGAAGCAGUAUAGAUAAUAAAAUCUUUUAAUGAUAAAUGCAAGAAUUUUGCUGUGAUUGUUGUUGUUGGCAAAUACCGAACAGGAAAGAGCUAUUUAAUUAAUUAGUUAUUGAUCUAAUAAAGUAAAGGUUUUGAAGUCGGCUCAACUAUAAAUGCUUGCACAAAAGUAAUGAAUAUUUAGAAAUAUUAUUAAAGGGUUUAUGGAUGUGGUCAGAGUUGAUAUAUUUUGAGUCAGGUAGAAAUAAAGAACCAAUUCCAGCUAUUUUAAUUGAUACAGAAGGAAUUGGUUCAGUUGAAGAAGAUAUGAAUCAUGAUGUUAAAGUAUUCCUUUUAGCAAUGUUAAUGAGCAGCUAUUUUAUUUAUAAUAGUGUAGGAACAAUAGAUGAUAUGGCUUUGUAAAAUUUGGGUUUAAUUGUAUAUAAUAGUUUAAAAUUAGGUUAAUUUAACGAAAAUGUUAUAGAAAGCUGAUUAAAAUACGUAAAAGGAUUUAUUUGAAACAUUCCCUUCUUUUUUAUGGAUUUUAAGAGAUUUUACUCUUAGACUUGAAGAUGAAUAUGGAAAUAAGAUACUUCCAAAGGAUUAUUUAGAAGCUGCACUUAAACCUUUGAAAGGUAUAAGUGAAACAAUAGAAAAUAAAAAUAAAAUAAGGAGACAUAUUUCUUAAUUUUUUGCUGAAAGAGAUUGUAUUACUCUUGUUAGACCUACAGAAGAUGAAAAAGCACUUUAAUAAUUAAGCAGCGUAAAAUUUGAGGAAUUAAGAAUAGAAUUUUAAGAAUAGGUGAUGGCUUUAAGAAAGAAGUUAUCAUAUAAAGUUUAAUUCAAAUAAUAUAAAGGCAAAUCUAUAACUCCAUUUACAUUUAUUGAAAUGUCUAAGUAUUAUAUAAUAUAAUUAAUUUAGAUAUUUUGUGGAUGCAAUUAAUUAAGGAUCUUUGCCUGAAAUUGCAACACAAUGGUAAAUGAUCUAAGAAUAAGAAUUUGAAUAUCAUAUUAAUACUUAAGUUAAUUAUUACAAGUAAGCAAUUGAAGAGUUUUUUCAAGAUUAAGACUUAGGAGAUCUUGUUGAAUUAAAUUAAAUUGUAAGUGUAUUGAAUUGUAUUUUUAGUUAUUAAAAAAAAUUAAAAAUUAUUUAGAAGCAAACAGUGAAAAAGAUAUUUUUGUUAAAAGAUGGAAAAGUGUAAAGAAAGAUUUAGAAAGAUUGUUUAAUGAUUCUUAAAGAAGAUAUUAAGAUCUUCAAUUAAUAUAGUUAGAAACUAUCAAAAACAAUUUUAUUGAUGAAAUACAUCAUUAUGAUAAAGAAGACUUUUGGGGUAUUGUUGAUAUAGCAAAUAAUGCUGUUUCUGAAUAUCUAACUAAAAAUAUCAAUACAAAUGAACUUUAAAAUUAUAUUACAUAAAUUUGGGAGAGUACAGUAUAAAGAAUCUAACAUGAAUUUCAUAUUAUAAAAAAUCUCUCAAAUUUACAUAUUCAGAUUUAAUCAAAAUAAGAAAUUGAAAUUAGAAGAUUAUAAGCAGAAUUAUUAAGUUAUUAAGAAGUUCAUAUAGAAGAUAAUAGAUAAAAAGAUAAAUUAAUUGAAAAAUUAAAACUUGAAAAUGAUUAGAAUAAGAAACGAAAUUAAACUUCAGAAGUUCUUAUUUCUGAUUUGAAAUCAUAAUUAGAAUAGUUACAAUAAGAUCAUAAUUAAUAAUUAAAAUCAGUAGAAAAUCACAAUAGAUAAGAAUUAAACAAAUUAAGAUCUGUUAUUUCUAAAUUUGAAUAAAGACUAAUAGAUUCUAAUGUAAAUAUUGAUAAAUUUACAAAUUUAUAUUAAUAACAUGAAAAAGAACAUUAGUAAGAAUUAAACGAAUUCAAAAUAGAAAUCUUGAAACUUAACUCUUAGAUUUCGGAUUAUUAAAUCUAGAUCAAAGAGAAUAAAAGUGAUGUAGAUAGUGAUUCAAAGAAUUAAAACUAUUAUUCAGCUAAAAAAUAAUAAAAAAAUAAUACAAAUGACAAUGCUUUCAUCAAUAAUAUGUAAAAGUAAAGUGAAAAUACAUUAUAAGAAUGGAAAUAUUAAAAAGAAUACAUAAGAAAGUAAUUACAAGAAGCUUAUUAUAAAAUAUAAGAAGAAAAAAAAUAAAAUGAUGCACUCAUUAAUAGUUUAAAGUAAUAUUGA